AUGGUGGAGCUUUUAGCAACCUUUGGCGCUGCCGCCAAGGAGCUUUUCGACUACAAUCGAGAGAUGUACCAGUUCGAUCAGGGGCAACGGCUGGACAGAGAACUGCUUCGAUUGGAGAUGCAGAUCAAGCGCUUCCAGCUCUUUAGAGAGGAUAUCCGAGAUUUAGUGGAACUCACAGUGGCAAAGAUGGAGAUGUACCACGUGGUCGGAGCAUUGGUGCUGGAGUGUACUGUCAUUUACUACACCGAAGGAAGGAUUCGAACCUCUGCACCGCCCUUUUUGCUUGGGCUCUACUGGCUUUCGGCAGCUGGAACCUUCACCUACGUGCUGCUUUGUGUUUGGUUCAGCAUGUAUGCCUCAAUCUCUUCUCACAGCUUUGGAGUUCGUUUCCUGACGCGUUUUGUCCGGCUGCCGAUUCCGGGGAGUCAGCAGAUGUCUGCUAUGAACGCGCGCCUCACCGACUUUGAACGUCAAGGGGGAAACAUCAUGCGGAUUCCGUUCAUGCAGGGAGUGCCACAGUGGCAACAACGCCGCCGUGAUGCAGGGAAGAACCCCAGCUCUUCUACGGGCCAGGGCGAGGGUGACGAAGAGUAUCUCACAGCUGUGGUCAAGCCUGGUGAGAUGAAACAGCAGGAUCUAUUGGAGUCGGGUGUGGCGGGGUAUGCAGAUGAUGAAGGUGGCUUGCAGAAGGCCGCUGUGAACCUUCCGGGAAAGCACAUCAAGCUCUUUCGGGAGUUGCAGGCCAAGUGGCAAUGCUAUGAUGCGUAUGCACGUGUUUGCAUGUCCUUUGGAGUGAACCACAUUUGCAUGACAAUGUCUUACUACAUGAUUGGCUUGACUGUCUUGGAAUAUCGCUCGCCUUCAAUCAUGUUUGCUCUGGUGACGGUCUUCCAGGCUACAAAUUUGGCACUAGCUUGGUUGGAUGUGGCUGGUUUGAAACGAAAGACAACCACCUUGCUGGAGUUUAUUGGCGCUGUGCCACCGUUCCUCACGUGUUUUUGCAUGGCCUGGGCUCCUCAUCAGGAAGAAGGGCGAGGCCAGUUUGAUCCUGCUCACGAGUUUCCAUAUGCCUGCAUCUCUUUCUUCAUCACAGUUGUCUGGUUGGAAGGGCUUCUACACUUGGCAUGGCCCAGUGAAGAUUUGGCAAUGCUGCCAAAGCGAUUUCGUUCGGUGCUCUUCUUAGACGUGUUUGGCAUGGCUGAUGAUGUGAAAGCUGGCGAGGAGACAGCAGGUCAGCCACUGGUUGAGAUCUCCAGGGAAGAGGCAGAAGCCGCUGAUGAGGCAGUCAGCCUGGCAGAGGCGGCUGUGAGGCGGUGGAAUGCCCUUCCCAUGGGCACUGAGGAGGCACAGAAGCACCAGGCAGAAAUCCAUCGUUUGCAUGCCCAAGCAUUGAUGUGGCGCAAGGUUCUCAACGGGGAGGCUGCCAAGCGUGCUCAAGCACGGGGAGAUAUCCACGAGCUGGACCUGUUGGAACCCGACCUGCGAAGAUGGAAUCAACUCACCGAGGAGGAGAAGGAAGAAGACCCCUUUGCUGAUUCGCUCCUUGGACCUUUCCAGAAUGCUCAGGGUGAGGUGUACUACUAUCACCUUGAGAGCAUGCAGUUUGUUUGGAAGCCAGAAGAGCAGGGCGUGCUGAGUCUUACUCAGGUGAGUACGUUGGUGAAGGAUGCCGAGCGCACUGUGACCGAUUUGUUCCACGGGAGGGAAGACCUCAUGCAGAGUGAUGACAGCGACAUGGAAGUCACCACCAGAACCGUGAUUGUUGAAUCCUGCUUCUAUGUCUUGCGUGGAUGCAGUAAACGCCGAAGACCGAUGGAGCGGGAGCGGCGCUUGCCCUGGCGGGCGCUGUUGUCAGUCACGCGAGUCAGUCAAUUGAGCUGGUUGUUCCUGGGCCUUUCAAUUCUUGGUCAGAACACCGGUGUCUUGCCGAAAUUCGACCUUUUGGUUCUAAAGAGCAAGGAGGAAGAGGAGAAGACCAAGGAGGAAGAGGAGCACGGUGAAGCUGGCGAGAGGAGGAUGCAGGCGCUUGGAAGCUCUGGAAGCUCUCGAAGUUCUCAGUGGGACUUUGAAGUUCUGAAUGUUUCUGCCUGGCCCAAGGGAAUCACUUCGACGAUGUCGUGUCUACCCACUCAAGGAGGCCAUGUGUACAUGACGACAGACGGAAGCACAUCCGUAUGGAGCGCCCCGAUACUUGUGGGCCAAGCGCUGUCAUUUCAGGCGGCUGGCGUGCUUGUGUCCCCAGCUGCUACUGCGAUGCUAUGUCCGAGGGACCAGGAGUUUAUCCCGUGCUUCUUGGAAGUGGUUGAGAACGGUUUCAAGUUGCAGCUUCAAGAAGAGAUUGUCAAGGUGCCAGCUCCGUUGAUGCCAAGUGUUGGGUCCCUUCGUAAGAUCACAGGCGCAGCAAUGCGCUGCAAGAUCUUGGCACUAGGUCACGAAGUCUCUGGUUUCGAAUGGUGCCUUCUGCUGGCUGGCUGGGAUGGGCGGCGCUUGCCUGUCUCAGUUUUGGCCUUGCCGCACUCAGACAACCCAGGUGUCCUGACCGCCCUGCCACUCUUUGAUGUCCUAGCCAACAUGGCACCUGAGUCAUGCACUUCGGCGGAGGUCGCAAGCUUGGGCAUGGAGGCGUCCGGAAUUCUUUGGGUCUUGUGGUCGAAUGGCCGGCUGGAUGCCUUCAACCUGCCGGUGAUCGACCUGGAUAUCGAAGAGCCGCCCGUCAAGCGGCACAAGGCAGGAGCAGCUCCAAAGCCGCGGCCUGCAGUGGAUGCUCCAAAGCCACAAAGCCACGCAGCGAUGCAAAGACCUGUUUGCAGUGCUUUGAAUCCGAUUGCGAAAGGUGUGCGUAGGAGGCCAAUGUCCGAUGCAACCGAAGUCCUUGUGCCAAGCUCCAAAGCUCGCUCGCAACCAGCGGCCAAAGCUGCUGCGUCAAAGCUGCGUGAGGCUUUGCCUGCUGAUGCACCUGCUGGUGCAAAAAGCAGGCCAGAAGUGGAUGCGGGAUUCACUCAGCCAGCGGCAAAAGCUGCUGCGUCAAAGCCGUGUGGGGCUGCGCCUCUUCAUGCACCUGCUGGUGUAACGAGGAGGCCAGAUGUGGGCAUGGAAUUCACCCAGCCAGCGGCUGAAGCUGCGCCAAAGCCGUGUGGACUGGCAGCUGUUGAUGCACCUGCUGGUCCAACAAGCAGGCCUGAAGUCAGCGCAUCGAGUGUGGCAUCAGCUUCAAAUGCGCCAGCUUUUUCAGCCUCCUGCGCGGCAGAAGUUGAGCCCAAGGAUGGCGAAUUGGAGGACGACUGGUACAACUGGAUGGAUCGGCGCUUGAGAGCAGCCUGUGCGGAGCCCAUGAGGGGCAGCGACAAGGCGCACGCAAAGAUAUUUUUUGAAUCUGCCUUCAAAGUGCCGGCCAAAGAAGCCGUGCCAGAGCAGCUGAGAGAGGAACCUAAGAUCAUGUGGCAGGAUGAAGAUUUGGCGGUGGUCUUCAAGCCCAGUGGCUGGUCCGCUGACCCCAACCCGCAGGGAGUCAAUCCUGCCUGGGCACGCCUGCGGCCUUCAGAUCGACAGAGGGAGGUGACCAAGCUCUUGACACAGGAGGCAGAUGCUCCUUUGCAGGGCUGGCUGCUGCUGCAGUUCGGGCACGAGACGAUGAGCGACGCUUGCCGGUCUCAGGAAAUUGAUCGUGGCAUCGUGCACCGAUUGGAUGCAAAGACCUCUGGUCCUUUGCUCAUCGGCAAAACGCACCAGGGCUACGUGCAUGCCAGAGGAGAGGUCUUGCGUGGUCUCUUCAAGGACUACCUGGUGCUGGUUCAUGGUCGCCUUCCCAGUGAAAGGGGCGAGUGCAAUGCAAACUUGGACACGAGUAGCUUCAAGGAGAAUGGCCGGGUGCGCCUCGAUCCUGCUGGUCUACAAUGCUCGACACUUUGGGAGGUCCUUGUGGAGUACGAGUCGGCUGAAGGGGAAAAGCAACGUUUGUCAAUACAUGAGAGCACAUGUGCCUUGCCUUCGUCGAAGCCUCUCAGGGUACUCUCUCCUUCACUGCCGCCCGGAAACGUUGAGGACUCACCAGAUGAGAGUCCACCUUGGUCACCUGGGCAAUCCGAUAGUGGGGGAUACCUUGUAUGGUUUCCCUUCUCCACUGCUUGGAAGCAGCCGCCUUUUUGUGCACAAGGUGCGGAUAGGGUUUUUUAGUAUCCGUGGUCGCGUUUGGCGCUUGAAAACAUACUGUAGUAUAAUCAUGUAUAAUCUGUAUAUAUACACACAUGUCAAACUCACGAAAGAAAGUGGGAACUGGGAACGCAUUGAAUUGCUUUGCUGGUUGCUGGGGAGUGUCACAAUCGGAUAAGGUGCAGUCGCUCACCGUUUCGCUGCAAGAAACUCCAGAGCUAUGGCAAGCCCUCGAAGGGCUAAAAAAGGUGGGUGAUGCUGUUGGAUGCGGAGCACCGGGAUUGGGCUGCGUGACCACAAAA